CUUGUUACUAUUAAUUUAAUCUAAAGUGAAUUACUUUCUAAUUAAUUACUCGCAGGAUUAGUGGAAACCUCUCUGUGGGGUUCCCCUUGUUUUUUGGCUUCAAAACAAACAAGCGUCUCUGACCCAAUUCACACAAAAUUUCCACUGUCUUACUCUCUUCUCACGCUUUAGCUCACAUGGAUUAGAUUAUCUUCUUCCUCCGAAAAUUUUCCCUCAUUCAACCUGAAGAAAGUUGAAUACCCCCUUGGAACUUGUGUUUCAGUGAGAUUUUGUGGCAAAAUUUGAGCUUCUUGGAGGUGGGUUUUGCUUUGGUUUGGUUGAGUUUUCUAGGAAGCAUGGAAUUGGAAACAGUUUUUAAAGCUUCCGUGUUUACUGAUGUUUGUGUGUGAAAAAAAUUUCUAUACUUUUGUCCUCUUCUUAGUUCCUGUUACGGCUUUUUAGCACACUUUCAGAUCUUCAAUUCAUCACUUUCAGUUUCAUUUUCUGAGCCGAACCCGCUUCGCCAAAUCGUCAGAAAUUCUUUAAAGAUCAAUCAAAAUCCAAUUUUUUUGGUCUUUGAUAACAGAUAAUGCAAGAUCCAACGUUCCAGGCAAUGAAGCCGCAUUUUCCAGAGCUUGAGCAGCUCAAAUGUCCGCGCUGUGACUCCACCAACACCAAGUUUUGUUACUACAACAACUACAAUCUCUCUCAGCCGCGCCACUUCUGCAAGAAUUGCCGCCGUUACUGGACCAAAGGUGGCGCACUUAGAAACAUCCCCGUAGGCGGUGGUACCCGCAAGAACACCACCAAGAAACGCCAGAAGCCUGAUCCUGAUCCCUCCCGGAUCAACCCGACCCGGAAAUCUCAAGAGCCGUCGCACUCACACACGCAGUCAUUACUGGGGCCUACUUCUUCGCAGGCAGCGGGCGGGGUUUGUGACGGUUCGAACGAGGACGCGGGGAGGAUAUACGGAUUCCCCGUGGAUCAGGAUCAUAAGAUGCUGGACAUUUCAGGGAGCUUCAGCUCGCUCCUGGCGUCGAAUGGUGGGCUGGGAAUUGUCUUGGAUGGGUUGAACCCAAAUGAUUCGGGUUUAAAAAUGGUGCAAAUGGGUGGCUUUGGCGAGAGUUAUAAUUCAGGUGCUAGUUCGGGUCGGGUGUCCGGGUUGAAUCUCCAGGGCGAUAAUAAUGGUGGUGGUGGUGAGAAUUACAUGCAAAGUGGCGGCAGUGGUAGAGGUGCGGGUGGUGAUUCCAGCUGUUGGAGUGUUGGUGGCAAUGGGUGGCCUGAUCUUUCUAUUUACACCCCAGGUCCUAAUUAUCAAUAGAGAGAAAAAGAGAGAGUAUUUUGUUUAUAUAAUUUGGGUUUAAUGAUGUUAAGUAUGGUGAUUAAUUAUGGUAAUUAGAGAUUAAAGUGGUAAAAGAGAGGACCAUUUUGAGGUGCUAUAUGCCAUUCUAGAAAUUUACAUGACAUAUAUAUAUGCAUAGGUAAUUUUAUUCUUGUUUUUUUUUUUUUCCCCUCUUAUGAGGCUUUCCGUGUUGGUUUGUAUGUGUUUUCUCUAAAUGAAAGAAGAAUGGGUAUUUUUAUUUA